CGAGGAUCAUCAUCUCCUCCUCCCGCCGCCGCUGCUCGCCCUUCGUCGAUGUCCAAUGACCAGGGCAGCGCCUCUUCCCGGCGUAGUCAUCCUCACCACCACUCCACCACUCCAUCUUCCCACGCUACUCCUCGCGUCUCACAUCAAGCACCCCCUCAAGGAGUCCUACCCUGCCCUCAUUACUGAGCAAUGGGCAGCUCACCUCGCUCACAACGGCAUAGAGGCAGCGGCUGCUUCGUCUGAACGAGGGCAAAGACGAUGGUCUCGGCCAAUGCGCGAGGUACAGCAAUUGCCAAUUUGACUAUCGGACAAGUCACCUACCUCGCACCAAUACCUCUAGGCACCGAUCCCCUCCUUCCUCUCUCCUUCCUCUAUCACCUGCACUCUGUGUUGCUAAUGUACUUCCCUGCUACAUCAAGCUCAAGCACACUAGCCGCUUCGCCCAACGCCCCAACUCCGAUUCCGGCCUCCGUCCUCUCUUCAAACUUCGACUUGGUGUACCAGCUCCUGCAAGAGAUGCUAGACGAUGGAAGACCCUUGACAGUCGAGUACAAUAGUCUCAAGGGCAUCGUUCGCGGUCGAGCCUGGUGGGAAGACAUCAUGGCUAGAAUGGGAAGCCUGUCUUCGUCAAACCCCGCCCCACUGCCCGAGAUUUCUCCCCUCGCUUGGAGACCGGCACAAGUACGCUACAGUCGCAAUGAAGUCUAUGUAGACAUUGUCGAAUCGCUCAACGGCGUCAUGGAUCGCAAGGGCGAGCCACUGGGUGAUCUGGGCCUGAAUGUCAGCAUCACUUGCAGGACGAAGCUUUCGGGCACCCCCGAUAUGGCCCUCUCUCUCCACCCGUCGCCAACAGCUCAUCCCACUGCCAUCGUCGGGCCUUCUCUUCAUCCCUGUGUUCGAACCCGUCGCUGGACUCGUGAAGGCAUACUCAGCUUCGUUCCACCAGACGGCGCAUUCGAGCUAGCCCAAUUCUCCGUACCUUACUCGAGCUCAGCACGGUCGGGCAAACUUGGCGCCAGUGCGUCCUCGUCCAGCAAUGCUACAGGCUGGUCCAAAGAUGUGCCCUUCACAGUCAAGACCAAACGGUCUGUUGUGAAGGAGUCGAAAGGUCGAGAGUGGACCUUUGAAAUCACACUUUCGGCAAAGUCCGGCAGGUCCGGACCUACCUGUUCAGAAGGCGUCGAAGUCUCCUUCCAUGUCACUCCGCGCGCGGGAGGCGAGCUCGACGCCAGUCUAGGCUCGCCCAACGUCGACGCUCGCGCCAGCGUGUCGAACCGGGCCGCUCUCUCCGGUGGACCAGGAGGAGCAUCGUCCUACACCGGUCUUGGCGCAGACGACCCAGGCGUAUGGCGCUUCGAUGCCCGCGAAGGCCUGGUGCGAUGGUCCAUCCCUCGACUGGGCUCCUCGCCUUCCUCGUCGUCUGCCGCGUCAAGUAGCACUGCUGCUCCGUCGGCAGGCGCAGGUCCAACCGAGGUGACACUCAAGGGCACCAUCACUGCCUCCUCGAGCACCUCUUCGGCAUUGAGCAAGCCUUCGGCACUCCUCGUUGCCUUUUCCCUCCCAUUGGGGCAACCAUCUCUGUCUGGCGUGAGGGUGGCCAGCCUGCACAUUACAGGAGUGGACUACAAGCCCUUCAAGGGAGUGAGGGGGGCUACGAGGGGUAGGAUCGAGUGGCGCUGGUGAGCGUGAUGCAGAGCACGCCCAUCACUGUAUUUGUAUUUGUAUCUUUUGCACACUUUCUGGAGAACCAUGCCCAAUUCUAUACCCGUAGCGCUCGCUGCCUUUGCUCAUAGCAUCACAGAG